AUGGGUGAUCGAUUAAUGCGGAUUGGAUCAACGAAAUUUAAGGAUUAUAUAACAUUAUCGCUCAUACGGUUUUUGCUUCUUGCAAAAGACCGACCCCCGGAUAAUGAGAGACAAAACAUCUCCAGACAGGAAAUUAGCGUCGACUUGUUCAUUGACGCAGAUGGAGGCAAUGUUGCAUCAUGCAGCGCAGUGUGA